AUGCGAAGAACAGUAGAUCAGUGUCUUCCCUAUAUCAUUCUAGCACCAUCAGGACGCUCCUUGACCGAUCUCGAGUAUGCUGACGAUGUUGUUAUAUUCGCUGAAAGCAGUACGAAACUUCAAAAUGUUGUCGACCUUGUAUCGAAGCUGGCUACAGCCUAUGGACUACGUCUACGCCCUAAUAAAUGCAAGCAGAUGUGGAUCUCUUAG